UGCAUUUCCUUCUAGCCCCUCUGCAGGAUGUCAGGAGAGACAUGGCUGGGAGGGCUCCCCAGGGGAAGGGGGCCAGAAAUACCCUGGCCUUUUGGCUGGAUGAUUCUGCCUGCCUUCUCAAGCGCUUUCUUGUGUAAGCAUGGUGUGUUUCUCGUAGCACACGUGUCUGUGAGCUCACCCUUUUAAGUGAUGUGAUACCGGAGAGGCGGGGAAGGGAGAGGAGCUCUUGGGAGCUCCCUUUGCCAAGGGUCACAAUGCUCUCCAUCUCCACCUCGUCCCUUCCAGGGAAUCCCUGGCGCUCAGCAGGGCUCUGGGAAGGAAAAGGUAGCCCACUUUGGUCCAGUGAGAGAGCACAUUUCCCCAGGACCAAAACUUCUGUUGUUCAUAGACGUGAGUCUCGGCAAAGCUUUUUUUAAGUCCCCAAAUGCCCUGUGAGGUUACAAAGUGCUGAUCACAGCUGAGUUGGGCUGGCAGAAAGGCCUGAAGAAAUCGGAAGCUGGGGAGGCGGUGGAGGUCACCCCCUAAAGUCUUCGUUGGGAACCAUUGAAGGUACGGGAUACACUUGGCGAAGGAGAAAAAGAAGACAUGGAAAAGGAUUUGAAAGGACUGAAGGAAGGCGGCUGCCAAUGGAGGACUUGUGAAGGGAUACUACAGUAUAACCCCUGCUUCUUUUGGUUGCUGUUAGCAGUUCUAAAAAGAGACAGUUUGGAGAAGUCAGCACCCCGGUCUUCUCGCUGUACAGUGAGCAGAAGAUGUUCCCCCCCAAAGAAAAAAAUGGGGAAGUGUUUGGCAUUCUACAUAUUUGUGUAGAACGUCUGCCUAAGAUUUGCCCUGGCUUGUUGCAGCUCUGCUUCUAAAAGCCACCCGACUGAGAACCAGCAAUCCAGAAGAUACGCCGGAAGGAUUUGCAGCUGCUCCUUCCGACAGCCUGGCAGUUGCUGCUGCUGGGCCCGGGGGAAAGGGCCUGUCCAUCCUGGCCAUUGGCUGGCAAAUGUUCUGGGACCUUGUGAUGUCACAGACACUCCCUGGCAGGUUCCUGCCUGGCUGGAGGCCUGGCAUGUUUUCAGGGCUCCUUGGAGGUGGUGAGAGAUUGGGCUUAGGGCUCCAGGAUGCUACUGGCCUGCCUGUUCACCAUAAGUGUCCUCUCCUUGCCUUCACGUGAGUCCAGAAGGUUGCCUUGUGGCCAGAAACGGUUCUCUUUGCCUUUUCCCUCUAGCAAGGGCUAUUUUAAAUCAGAUCUCGGUCUGUCAGACUCAGCACAGGCCUCUCUUCUGGAGUGUCAGGCGGGCCUCUUUGCUACCUGGAGGUGCUGAGAACUCAGCCUGGGUUUUUGUGCUUGCAAGGCUCAAGUAAUGGUCCUGACUGUCUAGCACAGAUUUGGGGCUGGGGAGCCUGUUCAGGCCUGUGGCCAGACAAGCUGCAGAACAUUUGGGCUCUACAUCUGGUGUACGUCUGUAGCCCUCGUAGAUGUUCAGAUGCGAGGAGGUCAUUUCUGUAAGCAGCCUACAGCCAGGCUGGUUUCAAGUGGUUAGACAAAUUGUACGAGUCAGUAAAAUGAACAAUACGUUUCCAUUGCUGUCUGUGUGGGAAAUUCUUCCCGCCCUCUGCUCAGCCUUAGAGGCCCUACUGUUCUGCCCCUGUGUGGAUAGAAUCACUCAGAAAAGAUACGUGGAAUGGAGGGAGCAGAAAAGUUGGAAGAAACUGGGUUUUGGCUUCUCUGCUGGCAAUUUUAAGACAGUUGCUGGGCACUUAGGGCUGACCCAGCUUCAGCCUCAUCUACAAGGGAGGGAAGCCAAGAACAACUGAAGGCACAGAUGACGUUAUUUCUCAGGGGCAGGCCCAGGUGCCUGUUCCUUUGGCCGCUGGGGGAGCUCUGCUUAAUAUCCCAGGCUGCGAGGGGAUUUUGCCCUGUAGCUGGUUCCCAUGCCUGGUGAAAUCUGGGACAAAAGGUCAGCCAAACAAUAAUGCUGGGUGACACACGCACGCAAGAUACUGACUCGGGGCAAAAUCCUGACUCAGGAUCGCCGUGGGAAGAAUACGGGAAAUACCUCCCACGUUCUUUUUUGCAUUCAGAAUUCUUCCUUUGAUUUGCAGUGAGAAUGAGCAGGGUAGAGGCCUCAAGAGCUCAUCUAGCCAAUUUUGAAUUCCACCCAAAACAAAGAAAGAAAAUAGUUGCCUCUCCUAAAGUUGCCUGGAAGGAGGAGGAUGACGAAGAAGAAGGAUCUGAUGAGCGGAUCGUUCGGAGAGCUGUGAGGAAGUAUCCAGAAGACGCUGAAGAACACAGGGAAGUUGGCCAUCGGCAAAUCUCCAUCCCUGUGGGGAGAGCUGAGGCCAACUGCCCUGAAGUACUGGCGAGAGGGACCCUGGCAGCGAUUGUGGCUGCCUUAGCUUUCUUGGGCUUCUUUUCCACUUCUGUUCUUCUGGUGGUGGCGGUCUGCGUCUUGCGGCUGGUGGAUAAGCAAAGGAAAACAGGGAAGGAAGGGAAAACAGGCUAUUCUCCUCCUAGAAGAUCUCUCCCUCCUAUCCCACCUCCUCGUCCAGAGCGUACGUACAUGACCGUGAAACCACACGGCUACGAACGCCGCCAGCCAGCCACCCCGUGUGCCACCGAGGGUGCCUACCUGAGUGCCGAUGAGCUGAAUCCUGGUCCCAGAACUGUUCUGAAUCGCCACCACCAGAACAUGAACGUGUCACCGCGACCCAAGUCCGCCCCGGAGGGCGAGUAUGUUAGUCCUGAAAAGCUGCAGCCCUGUUCCAUUCUUCCCUUGGCAAAGAAGUGUGUGACUGUGGAAGAGUCUGACCCCGCAGCCAUAAUGGGAGGCUCUCCAGAGAUUGGGAUGACCCCUCGAGGACGCGACAGUCAUAUUUAUGAAGAAGUGGAAUAGGAGAAUCACCACGGAGACGGUCGGCUGACGCGCUGUAUGAACUUCUCCAUGGAGGCCUUGGGCUGCAGAAUAGCCCUUCGGCAGGGUACCACUGGGACCUCCUCUGGUCUUCCUAUUAAACCGUGCUUUAAUCCCC